CGCUCGUUCCUCUCAAUCUCCACCACUCAUCUUCCGCCGCCGCAUCUGAAGCACCGCCCAUGGCCGACGUCGACGCUUCCGACGCUCUGCCUUCAUCGUCUCCGCGUGCCGUUGCUGCUCCCGAUCAUCCUAACUUGGAGGACAGAGAUUUCAUUCUUAGCCAGGACUUCUUCUGCACCCCUGAUUAUAUAACCCCGGACAAUCAAAAUCUGUUGAAUGGUGUGGAUUGCAACAAGGAAAACAUUCCUUGCCCCAAAUCUCCAGAGAAGAUUACUACUGUUAAAACCAAGAGAAAAAUACAUGACAGUGUUUUGGUACAUCCUCUGAGCCCAAGCUUGUCUGGCCGUCAAGAAGUAGUGGAGCUUGGAAAUGACACUUUUGAAACAGAUGAUGUGGAUAUGGAGAAAGAGACAAUGGCAAUGCCGAAGAAACAAAACUAUGUUUCUCAAUCUGCAGUUGCUCUACGUUGUCGAGUUAUGCCUCCUCCUUGCAUGAAGAACCCAUACUUGAAAGAUGCUUCAGACAUAGGUGUAGACCCAUUUGGUAAUCAACGAACUAAAUGUGCAGGAUUUUUUCCCGCACUGUUUAGUGGAGAUGGCCUUUCAAGAUAUCAUACUGAUUUCCAGGAGAUAAAGCAAAUAGGGACUGGAAAUUUUAGCCGUGUCUUCAAAGUAUUAAAGAGAAUUGAUGGUUGCUUGUACGCUGUCAAACAAAGCACAAGGCAGUUGCAUCAAGACAUAGAAAGGAGAAGAGCUGUGAUGGAAGUUCAAGCUUUGGCAGCUUUGGGAUCUCAUGAAAACAUUGUUGGAUACUACUCAUCAUGGUAUGAAAAUGAGCAACUCUACAUUCAAAUGGAGCUCUGUGAUUGUAGCUUGUCCAUUGGCAGGUAUUCUCACCCAUUCUCUGAGACAGAUGCGCUGAGAGCCUUGCAUCAAAUUUCAAAAGCAUUGCUGUUUGUGCACGAGAAAGGAAUAGCUCAUUUAGAUGUGAAACCUGACAAUAUUUAUGUCAAAGAUGGUUUCUAUAAACUUGGUGAUUUUGGAUGUGCAACUCUUCUUGAUAAUAGCCUACCAAUUGAGGAGGGCGAUGCACGCUAUAUGCCUCAAGAAAUUCUAAAUGAUAGAUAUGAUUAUCUUGACAAAGUUGAUAUAUUCUCCUUGGGAGCUUCUAUUUAUGAGAUUGUGAGAGGAUCGACAUUGACAGAAGCACAUUUCAUGAAUCUUAAGGAGGGAAAAUUGCCACUUCUUCCUGGUCAUUCAUUGCAAUUUCAAAACUUAAUCAGGGCCAUGGUGGAUCCCGACCCUGUACGACGACCUUCAGCAAGGGAAAUUCUUGAGAAUCCCAUAUUUGACAAGGUCAGAAGUAAUCCAAAAGCCUAGGUCAAUCUUGGUGUCAUUUUGUUGUUUCAUCCUUGUAACAGGUAACCCUUGUAUCUGCAAUCCACUUGAUAUCAGCCUGCUAUUUUGUAAGAUUUCAUUCACCACUUUACAAGUUCAUGCACCAAAAUUUUGCCUCUACCAUGGUGCAAAUUUUGUAAAUCCUCUAUAAUGUUGUAUUAUAAACUAGUAAACGCAAAAUUAAUGAAGCUCUUUUCAUUUUUGAAUA